CCCGGGGGCUGUGGGGGCCGGUCGGGGUCUCUGCUGGCCGGGAAAGGCCGGUGUACCUCAGUGCCGGGGUACUCUCUUCGCCGUCAGCCGCCGCGAGAUGUAGUGCUGGGGAAGAGGACCGAGGGGGUAGCGCCCGCAGUCUGGGCCCGUCAGAUGUUCACCAGGUCGAGAAUUCCCAACGAGGUAUUUCAACCACGGCCCGGAGAUCAUGAAAAGUAUGGAGGCGACCCUGAGCAGCCCCACAAAAUCCAUGUUGUUACUAGAAUAAAAAGUGUAAUCGGUCGCCCAUAUUGGGAAAAGAUGAUAAUACAUAAUCUUGGACUGGAUAAGGCGCAUCAACCAAGACUGCACAAAAAUAUCCCUUCUGUGAAUUCCAAACUGAAAGUUGUUAAACAUCUGAUAAGGAUACAGCCGCUGAAACUACCUUAUGGGUUGCCAACAGAAGAGGAAAUGUCAGACACCUUUCUUACGAGCAAGGGAGAACUUAUCAUUAGAAGUCGUCUGAAACCUGUGGAGCAGAAAGAAAUUAAGUCAUAAGGUGUGCUGGUUGCAUUUAUGUUCUCUGAAAUAAAUAAUUUAACUCCUGUGUUAA